GAGGAGGACACAGUGGAUACUCGCUGCUGGUUUUGGGGAGAAGCUGCUCGUGCGCAUUGACGGACUUUGGGUAACUUUGUCUCAGAGUUUAAGACCUGACAUCAUGCUGACUUACUUCCUGCUCCUCUUCCUCUCGUCUGGUCUGGUGUCAUCCUCUGACUGCCCAGCCGACUGUUCCUGUCAGGGCCAGGACUCCAUAUUCUGCAUUCAUCGGCGCUCCAGCAUUGUGCCUCGGGUUCCCACCACCACCCAAAAUCUAUACAUCUUCCAGAACGGCAUCGACACUUUGACCCAAGAGGACUUCAAAGGCCUGGGGGAGCUGGAGUUGCUCGAUCUGAGCCAGAACGAGCUGGCAGAGAUUCCAGAUGGUGUGUUUGAGAUGCUGUCAAAGCUGAAGAACUUGGACCUGUCCUCUAACGACAUUGCCCACAUUUCCAAGGACAGUUUUUCUGGGUUGGUCCAGCUGGAGAGGCUGUAUCUCCACGCAAACCGCAUUCAGAGCAUCCAUUCGGAAGCUUUUGAAGGUUUAGAGAUGCUACUGGAACUUAAGCUCCAAGGAAACCAGCUCAGCUCUCUGCCAUCCCUUCGUUUCCCGAGACUUCUGCUUCUAGACCUCAGCUACAACAACAUCCCAACCCUGGGACCAUCAGACCUUCAGACUCCCCACCUGGAGGCCCUUAAGGUGGCCUCGCUGGGGCUUACCACCUUGGAUGAGGGCCUAAUAGCUUCCCUGGGAAACCUCCAUGAGCUUGACAUCUCCACAAACCAGUUAACUGAGGUGCCCCAGUCCCUGAAGCAGGACUCCCUCAAGGGGCUGAUCAAGCUCAGCCUGGCUACCAACCCAUUGGGCGAACUCAGGGUGGAGGACUUCCAGAAACUGAGUGGGCUUCAGGAACUGGAUCUCAGUGGGCUUAAUCUCCAAGGAUUUUCCCAGAGUUUCUUCCAGACGUUCCCAAGGUUGAUGCACCUGACUGCAGCUGAGAACCCGUUUAACUGCUUGUGUCCAUUAGCCUGGUUCCCUGUUUGGCUGAAGGAUAAGGAUGUGAAUCUCGGGAGGCCUGAGGAAACCAGAUGUCACUUCCCUCUAGUUAACGCUGGGAAGAUGCUUUCGGCGCUGGAGCACAAAGAUUUUGGGUGUCCACCUACGACAACGCUGCUGAUUGGCUCCCCCAUUGGAAGUACUCCGGUUCCCCAGAUGCCCACCACAUCUCCAGAGACCAUCCAUACCAACGCUAUUCCUCCUCCUCCUCCACCCAGUGAGGCCACCGUCUCCUCAAAGACAGACAGCGCCCUUUCACCACAAACUGCAGUCUCCCCAAGCUCCACCAGUGGGGAGCUAGGGGAGCACAUCUGCCCACCUAACAUCUGCCUCAAUGGGGGCACUUGUAAUUUUGAUCCGUUGGGUCAACUCAGCUGUCUGUGUCCGUUGGGAACCUCUGGCCUCUACUGUGAAAAUGUGGAAGAGGUUCCUGAGACGCCGAAACCUUCAGCAACAGAAGUUUUGCGUGUUGACCCUGUGAAGCCGGCUGACCAUGAUGCUAUCAGUUCACGGCAGGUCACCUCCACUUCCAUCCUUCUGGACCUGCACCGUUUCAUCGAGACACGGCCACACAUCCGUGGCAUCAGGUUGACCUACCGUAACCUUUCAGGGCCUGACCGCCGCCCCAUCAUCCUGAGCGUACCGGCAUCCUACCCUGAGUACACCUUGCGUGGGUUGAGACCCAACUGUACCUACUCAGUCUGUGCCAGUCCUCUGGGUGAAAGAGUCAACUCAAGGGCCAACAGCUCCGUGGAAACAGGGUCGUGUACAGAGGCUCGAACCGAAGGGCUGCCACUGUCAUCCUCGGAGUCCACGGUGGAGACACAGAGCCCGCUGACGUACACGCUCAUCCCCGCCAUGGCUGCACUGGCACUGGUGAUGGGGUUGGCCUCGGUGGCUGGGGCAAUCAUCUGUGUCCGAAAGAGGAGGCAGUCCAAGGCAGGAAUGGAGCUGGAGCUGGGCCCGGCAGAUCCUGAUCCCAUGGAGCUGGAGGGGAUAAAGACCUGCCUGGAGAAUGGGGGAAACAGUACACUACCCCACAAACAGCCCGAGAUCGACCGAUGUCACACUCCUCAGCCACCUCCAUCUUUGCAACAAAACGGGGGUUUGGACUAUGAGUUACCCCUGAUGCAAGGACACUGCCCAACAAAUAACAAUCUAGCAUCCUUAAAGCCAUCUUAUUUCUAAGAUGCAAUAAACUGCAAACACUUGUAAAGACAUUGGAGGCAGAGGGCACAUCAGGACUUGAGAAAUCCUGCUAUGGUGGUAAAAAUUCAAAUUUUCAGUCCAAUAUCAGAUAUCCACAAUUUGAAAAGUGGCACUUACUAUCCUGUGUUGAAAAUAACAAACACUACGGGCUGGAUCAUCUAUUUUAGACACACUGAAUGAUGAAUUUAAGAUUACAGCAUAUUGUAAUGUGCUGAACCACUGUGGGGAUCAGGAUGGUUUAAAGUCAUCCAACAGAGUCGGAUGGUGGUGAAACCUAAACAAGUUAUUAAACUAAGUGCAAUCGACUAGAAGGGUCUUAGUAGCAGACUGAAAACAGAAGUGCCUUUUUGCAUCGACACAACUGUAACCAGUGGCUCUGUGUUUAUAUGAAAGAAACUAUGAGUAUCAACUGUAAUCCUGUUGCUGGAUACGGGGGGUACCGUCUGGAGAAAAGGGCCCCAUCAGCGUUUGUGCUGCAGGAAGUGGUAUAAAUGAAAACAGUGAUGCAGAUGUCUGAUGACCACACGAUUUCAGUAUUAAAAAUGGGUUUUCAAACAACUCCAACGACUCCGUGGGGAUUACAAAAAGAACUUGCACUGAAAAUAAAUAAUUAUUUUCCUUUACAGUGUCCCAGUCACAAACUGCAAAAAGACUGAUGAUGGUCACAUAAAGAAAUGCAAUAACUUUGCAAAUAGGUCGAUGACAGUAGAAGCUGUCUGAACUCUAUAUUUGUCUAUAUUUGUCCAGUUGGAUUCUUCAGUGUCAACAGAUCCACCGUCUUUCUCUCCACACAUCCAGAAGCUUUGGGAUGUGUGGAGAUGGAUCUGCUGUGAACGAUAAAUGGACUGAACGAAGAGCCGUUGAGAAAUAACUUUUCCUGCACUGUUCUGUGCCGUGACGGGAAAGCUGUUUUGUGUAGCUUAUAUCAUGAUAUUCUGGUUUUUGUCAUGUGUUUUUUCUGUAUUUGUAUCGUGUGUUUUGCUGUUGAUGUCCAUUCAGUAUUUCUAUGGCUGCGAGUUGAACCAUUAUUAAUUAUUCUAUCUUGAAAUAAGCAAAACGUGUCCCCGGCUAAUCCAUUGUUUUCCUUUGGUAGUGCUUUCUUGCGCCGGGUUUUUUCAGGUGUCUUUUAGACGUUUUUUAAACAUGCAAAAGUCUAACUUUUUGAUGUCACACUUGACCAAUGCAGCCAAUCAAAUCAGGCAAGAGGCAGACUUUAAUACUUUAGAAACUACUUCCUGGUUUGAUGCCAGUAGGAACGGACAAUGACAAAUACGGAUGAAAGGUUGAUAUUGUCAGUUUUUAAUUAUGAUGAAUUAAUCAAACACUCAUCUAUGAACACAUGCGUGGAGUUGUGUGAGCAGCCAGGUGGAUCGGUCUGGACGGCUGCUUAAAUCCAUUUGUUUCCCCGUUAAUUACGGUUGUAAACUCACGUCUCACACACGUCUCGGUGCGAUCGGCCCCUGUAGAUCUUAUAAUUUGUUAUUUGCAUUUCUGGUAACGUGGAGCUAAAACUCCCCAGAGCUGCAGAGUGCAGAGUAAACACAAGCUUAAAUUCUUGAGCUAAAACAGGCAAUAAUCAAAUAUCUACAAAAAAGGUUUAAAAAAAGCGCAGUUAUCUUCUACAUCAUGGACAGAAUGAUUUAAUAUGACGUUUGCCAAAAUGUGGAACUCACCAAGUGAAUGUAACUCUCAAGUGUCAGACUUUUAUUUUCUCUGCCAGGUCUGCCAGCGCUCCACAAGGACAAACCUCAGACGGCUCAUUCACAGCCAAACCUCCCAACAUCGUGUUCAAAGGCCUUUUCUUAGCCACAGAACCCACUCCUAUAAAGCAGCACACGCGUGCCGAGAAAAGAAAGAGAGUUCAAAGAGCUUUAGUUUUUAGGCGGCAGUUUCUGAUAUAUGGUCUAGCCAGUCAUUCCUCUCUGGGCUCCUCUUUAACAUCCACCGUGUUAAGGUCAACACGGAUUAUUGCUCUGGUGUGUUUGGAGACUGUUGUGCUUGUUUACAGCCAACCAGACUGUGAAAUUCACAGGAUAAGUGCACCGUUCUGAUGUAUUUGUUCUCGUUUUUUCUCUUGUCUGGGGCUGGGAAUGUCCCGAAGUUUUUAGUCGUUCUUUAUGUCUUUUCCUUUUCACAAGAGAGAGUCUUAGCAAUGUGACUAACUGACAUCUUGUGGUGGCGUAUUACAAGCUGAUGUGUAUUUCAACAACAUAAAAACAUAAUCAGAAUCAGAAGUCCUUCCUUGGUUAUCAGUUACAUCACCAGCAGAACGCUUGGAUGACUGGGUUUUAUCAGUUUGUUCAGGUGUUUUAUAGUUGAGUCCAUGCACUACACUCCAAAAUCAACCCAGCCUCCUCUGGCUUCUCUACUUUCUUCAUUCUGUCAGUAUUCCAGUACAAACACAGACACAGAUGCUCCAUAUAUCAACUGGAAGAGGGGCAGGAAAUGUUUGAAAUACUUUCAAAGUGCGUGAAAAUCUCCCCUGAUUAUUUAGGGAAAGCUUUCCUUGUUUUAUUUUUGUAUUGUUUUGUGUUUGUAGUUUACGUCUAUUAAAAUGUUGUCGUGUUUCUGCAGAAAAAGCAGUGCUGAGGAAAAAG